CCCAUCCACAACACCUACAGAAGCGGUGUCAAUGAUCCACUCAUGGAAAUGUUGAUCAUUCACAUAGCUGCUAUUUUGGCCCUCGGGUGUCAGGUCGGGGCGUCGGUGCCAGACUUCGGGGAUGUUUGCACCGAGGGCAGCUGCUACCCCGCCACAGGAGACCUGCUGAUCGGCCGGGCGCACAAACUCACCGCCUCCUCCACCUGCGGCCUGGAGCAGCCGGAGCGCUUCUGCAUUGUCGGACAUCUGGAGGAGGAUACAAAAUGUUUUGUGUGCGACUCCAGGCAGAUGUACGACGAGCACAGCAAUCCCAUCAGCCACACCAUCGAGAACGUGGUCACCACCUUCGCCCCCAACCGCCUCAAGACCUGGUGGCAGUCGGAGAACGGUGUGGAGAACGUCACCAUCCAACUGGACCUGGAAGCCGAGUUCCAUUUCACACACCUCAUCAUGACCUUCAAGACGUUUCGGCCGGCUGCCAUGGUGAUCGAGCGCUCCAUGGACUUUGGCAAGACGUGGCAAGUUUACCGUUACUACGCCUACAGCUGCGAGGGCUCCUUCCCCGGCGUGUCCACCGGGCCCCUGGUCAAAGUGGACGACAUCAUCUGCGACUCGCGCUACUCGGACAUCGAGCCGUCCUCCGAGGGAGAGGUAAUAUUUCGCGUGCUGGACCCUGCUUUUGAGAUUGAAGACCCUUACAGCACCAGGAUACAGAACAUGCUGAAGAUCACGAACCUGCGGGUGACGUUCACCAAGCUGCACACUCUGGGCGACAACCUGCUCGACUCCCGCGACGAGGUCACCGAGAAGUACUACUACGCCCUCUUCGACAUGGUCGUCCGCGGCAACUGCUUCUGCUACGGCCACGCCUCCAAGUGCGCCCCGGUCAAUGGAGCGCCCGAGGGUGCCGAGGGCAUGGUACAUGGUCGCUGUAUGUGUAACCACAACACAGAGGGACUGAACUGUGAACACUGUCAAGACUUUUACCACGACUUGCCCUGGAGACCUGCAGAGGGACGCAACACCAAUGCCUGCAAGAGGUGUGAGUGUAACCAGCACUCGGGCUCGUGUCACUUUGACCUGGCGGUGUACAUGUCGACCGGCAACGUGAGCGGAGGCGUGUGUGACGACUGUCAGCACAACACCAUGGGCCGCCAGUGCGAGCAGUGCCGCCCCUUCUUCUACCAGCACCCCAACAGGGACCUGAGGGACCCCAACGUGUGCGAACCGUGUAACUGCGACCCGGCCGGCUCCCUGCAGGGCGGGAUGUGUGAUUCACGGACCGAUGUGCCAGCCGGGCUGAUCUCAGGCCAGUGUCGGUGCAAAGCCAACGUGGAGGGAGAGCGCUGUGACAGCUGCAGACAGGGACACUAUGGACUGGGACAGGGGCCGCACGGCUGUCUGCCCUGUACCUGCAACCCGCUGGGCACGCUGCCGGGAGGAAGAUGUGAUUCAAACACCGGAAAAUGCUUCUGCAAACGCCUCGUGGACGGACAAAACUGUGAUCAGUGUCUGCCGCAGCACUGGGGUCUGUCCAAUGACAUGGAUGGCUGCAGACCAUGUGACUGUGACCUGGGCGGGGCCAUUCACAAUACCUGUGACCCACACACAGGCCAGUGUGUGUGCAGGGAGCACAUGUUUGGACGCCGCUGUGACCAGGUCGAGUCUGGCUUCUAUUUCAUCGCUCUGGACCACUACACCUAUGAGGCAGAGGACGCCACGCAUGGACCUGGUGUGACUGUGGUUCCGAGGCGUUAUCCUCUGGACCGCAGUCCGACUUGGACAGGUAUGGGCUUUGUUAAUGUCCCAGAAGGAGCCUAUUUAGAGUUCAACAUCAAUAACAUCCCCGAGUCCAUGGACUAUGACCUGCUUAUCCGUUAUGAGCCACAGCUGCCGGAGCAGUGGGAGCAGGUGAGCGUGAGGGUGGAGCGACCCCUCAGCCCGCCCAACUACUCCGGUCAAUGUGGCAACACCAUCCAGAGCGGAGACCAGCAGUCUGUCUCCCUGCCUCCUGGAUCUCGACAUGUGGUGCUGCUGAGGCCGGUGUGUUUGGAGAAAGGACUGAACUACACUGUGCGCCUCAGUCUGCCUCUCUACUCGUCAGUCAGUGACGUCCAGAGCCCGUACACACUCAUCGACUCUUUGGUGCUGAUGCCCCGGGUCAGGGAGCUGGACAUGUUUGAGGGGACGGCCGGUGAAGGAGCGUGGGAUACGUUCCAGCGCUACCGCUGUCUGGAGAGCAGCCAGAGCGUGGUGAAGAGCCCCAUGACCGACAUCUGUAACGACUACAUCUUCAGCGUUUCUGCACUGCUGCACCAGGGAGCCAUGGCAUGCCAGUGUGACCCUCAGGGCUCUCUCAGCGCCGUGUGUGAGUCCAGCGGCGGCCAGUGCCAGUGUCGCCCCAACGUGGUGGGCAGGAACUGUGAGCACUGCGCCCCCGCCACCUUCCUGUUCAGCCCCGCCGGCUGCAGACCGUGUGACUGUGACUCUCGGGGUUCGGUCAGCGCCUUCUGCCACGAGGCCACGGGCCAGUGUGAGUGUGUACCAGGGGCCACGGGGCGCCAGUGUGCCCACUGUCUGCCGGGCCACUGGGGCUUCCCGCACUGCCGCCCCUGCCAGUGUAACGGCCACAGCGACUACUGCCACCCCCAGACCGGAGAGUGCCAAGGCUGCCGGGACUUCACCAUGGGACACAACUGUGAGAGGUGCCUGACUGGUUACCACGGUGACCCGGAGCUGGGUUCAGGUGAUCACUGUCGUCCCUGUAUGUGCCCUGAUGGGCCACGCAGCGGGCGCCAGUUUGCAGAUAGCUGCUACCAGCUGGCCGGUUCCAACCAGUUGGUGUGUGUCUGCAGUGCUGGAUACAAAGGUGCCAGGUGUGACGAGUGCGCCCCCGGUUACUACGGCAACCCUCUGGUGCCCGGGGGGCGCUGUUUGCCCUGCCAGUGUAACAACAACAUCGACAUGCACGACCCGGACUCCUGUGACCCCCGCACAGGCGCCUGCCUCAGAUGCCUGCACCACACUGAGGGCUAUGGCUGUCAGCACUGCAAACUGGGUUACUAUGGCAACGCUGCCACCCAGAGCUGCAGGAAGUGUAUGUGUUACUCGGUGGGCACGGUGCCUCAGGCUUGUCCGUCCCCUGAUGAAUGCCAGUGUGACCAGUAUAGCGGCCAGUGCCACUGCCAGCCUAACGUGAUUGGUCAGAACUGUGACCGCUGUGCUCCCGAUACCUGGAACAUAGCGAGCGGGACGGGCUGCCUGACCUGCGACUGCGACCCCGAGCACUCCUUCGGAUCCUCCUGUAAUGAGAUCACGGGGCAGUGCUCCUGCAAACCCGGCUUUGGCGGCAGGACGUGUCGGGAGUGCAGAGAGCUCUUCUGGGGUGAUCCAGAGGUCAAAUGUCAUGCCUGCGACUGUGACCCUCGCGGCAUCUCCAGCGAGCAGUGCCACCGCGCCACCGGCCAGUGCACCUGUGUGGAGGGGGUGUCGGGUCAACGCUGCGACCAGUGCGCCAGGGGCUACCACGGCGAGUUCCCCGCCUGCGAACCUUGCCACCAGUGCUUUGCCGUCUGGGACACCGUGGUUGGCGAACUGACCAAUCAGACGCGGCGACUCCAAGCCCAUGUGACGGAGCUCCAGACGAGCGGGGUGACGGCGCCGUAUAAAGAUCUGAUCGACAGCCUGGAGAAGAACGCCAAGGCGGUCAGGGAGAUAGUGGAGAGCAACCCUGCCGCAGUGAAGCUGGAGCAGAUACAGGAGCUGAUGCAGCAGAUCACUGGCGUGAUGUCCUACUUAAACGGGAGGCUGAACUCAUCAGAGGAGACCGUGACCCUUCUGUAUGGUGAUUCCAACACCACCAGCGCCAGCCUGGACGCCCUGAGGGAAGAGGCCGAGCAGCUGCAGCUGACGGUCCAGGAGCUGAGAGAGCAGGUCGAUCAGGCCAAGAACUCCAACUUCCAGGGUGCAAUGGACACCAUUGCCGCAGCACACAUGCACUCCAUGAUGGCGGAGCUCCGUGCCAACGCCUCCAUCAGUCACACGGUGCAGCAGUCGGCGGCGGUACGGCAAGCCACGGAGGACAAACUGAGCAGCAGCCAGAGGGAGUUUGACCGCAAGCAUCAGAGAAACACACAGAAGCUGGACAAGCUGUCCGCUGACCUGGAUCAGUUUGACUUAUCAGCGCUGAGCAAGAAGACGUGCGGCACUGCAGAGGAGGGCGACGGCUGCUCCGGCUCCUCCUGUGGAGGGCUCGGCUGCGUCGGCGAGGACGGGGCUGCACGGUGCGGCGGAGAGGGCUGCGAAGGCCUCAUCACAACCUCUCAGGCUGCCCUCAAGUCAGCCAAGGACUUUGACCAGGAAAUUCUCACUGCCAUGCAGGAGGUGGACAAACUCUCCAGAAUGGUCUGGGAGGCCAAGGUCCGCGCAGAUGAGGCCAAGGUGAACGCUCAGGGGGUGCUGCUCAAAUCCAACCAGAGCAAGGAGAGAGUGGAGCAGAGCAACGAGCAGCUUCGCAACCUCAUUAAAGAGAUACGAGAUCUGCUCACCAAUGACAAGGCAGACGUGUCUGUGAUCGAGGCGGUGGCCAACGAGGUGCUGAGUCUGGAGGUGCCGACCUCGGCCGGUGAGCUGCACGGCCUGACGCAGGAGAUCAAGGAGAGGGUGGACAACCUGACCAACGUUGAGACCAUCCUCAGUCAGAGCGCCAAGGACAUCGAGAGCGCCGAGAGGCUGCUGCAGCAGGCCAAGGUGGCCAGCGAGGAGGCGGCCAACAUAAACGAGGCAGCGGAUCUCGUGAAGGCGGCGCUGGAUGAGACUGAGCGUGCUCAGAAUGUCGCCAUGGACGCCAUCCAGCAGGCGCAGAACAACACCAAGAACACGCUGGACCUGCUGGUCUCUGUGGAGUCGGAGACGGCCAUGUCGGAGCUGAAGCUGAGCAACACCACGGGCCGUCUGAUUCAGCUGGAGAGGGAGGUGGGCCUGCUGAGGCAAAACGACCUGGAGGUCAACCGCCUGGCAGAGAGGACCAUGUGGGUCACCGAACAGGCCAAGCAGGACGCAGAGGAGGCGCAGCAGGAGUUUGACGAUGAGGUGAAGGAUCAGUAUAGUGCGGUGGAGGACAUGGUGGAGGAUAAAGGCGAGGUGGUGCUGAAAGCCAGGAGGAGAGCGGACGAGCUCCAGCAGGAGGCCAAAGAGCUGCUGAGCCAGACCACUGACAAGCUGCUGAGACUCCGAGAGUUGGAGAGGUCUUACGAGGCCAACCAGCGCACCCUGGAGGCCAAAGCCCAGCAGCUGGCCGGCCUGGAGCAAACCGUCCGCCAGCUCCUGGACGAAAUCAGCCACAAAGUCACUCUGUACAGCACCUGUCUGUGAGCAGCAGCACCUCACACUGUUUACUGUUCUCAAGUGCACUGGCCAGGACUGUCACAGUGCCAACCAAGUGUUGUAAGUCGGCAGCAGGGCCAAGUUGAAUAUUUUAAGUUGUUUUAACAGUGAAAUUAUUGCCAGCAAAUGAACACCCAAGUGUAUUGAGCUGCAACAGAAAAAUAUUUAAGCAAUGGGAACGAUUUUUUCAAACUGCCAAAAGACAUUGGAGGUAAUGAUGAGUGCCAAAGAAAACCACUAAAAGCCUAAAUGACCUCAGUGCUAGAAGCCAAGAAUGUGUGGAGAAAAAAAGAAUUAAAAAUUGAGCAGUAUAAGCUAUUACAGCCUCUACACUUAACCUAUAUGACUGCACAUAUUUGAUAUUAAAGUUUUAUAUGUACCGUAUUUUAUAUACCUAGAGAAGCUAAUUGAUUUCUGGACCACAAACUAUAUGCAAAUGAUCCUGUGACAAUCGAUUUAAAUUAAA